GCACUGAUAGACGGCACUGACUGGCACUGAUAGGCAGCACUGACUGGCACUGAUAGGGAUUGAUAGGUGACACUGAAAGGCAGCUCAGAUGGGCACUGAUAUGUGGCAUUGAUGUGCACUGGUAGGCACUGAUAUGUGGCACUGGCAUGAGGCACCGAUGAGCACUGACAUAAAGCACUGAUGGACACUGACAGGUGGCACUGCUGGGGCUACACUGAUCAUCAGGGCACACUGAUCAUCAAUGCCCUGAUGAUCACUGGCAGCGUGACAGCUCGAGGGGAGAGACAUGCUGAUAACUGGCAUUUCCCUGUUUACAUGUGAUCAGCUGUGAUUGGACA